AUGAAUAUUCGGAGUCUCGGAUCAUCAAUUACAAAUGUUCAAGCAUUGGCUGUGGCGUAUGACAGAUCAAGCGCUCCAAAGGAUUGCCGUGUAUCAGGAUGGCUAGAAGACAAAGAUAUGGAGAGUGAGACAAGGGUUCAUGGCCGUGAACUAGACUCGGUCUCUGUUGUUAUGCUUGAUUUGAAGUUCCACGUUGAACCCAUCUUCUCUUUGUAA